GGCCGUGGCAAAACAACGCCCUCACCCCCUACAUUGUACAGCCCCCGAUCUCGCGAAGUCUUUCGCCCCUCCUUGUCGCCAAACCCUCUACAACUCCCAAGUUGAAGAUUGUUCCCGCAGUCGCACGCCAACCGCCAAGUCGUUUAAGAGAGCCAGUCCGUGGGCCAAGCCUUCUUCAUCCAGUUAAUAACCGUUUCUGAAGUCUAGACCGUGCCAGCCACUACAGAUCGUGGACCUUUUUCUUGAAGACUGUUGUCUCCACCACGAGGAGAUCAAUCAAGAAGAAUACAUUACACGAGGAGUUGUGGGCUACGUGCAAACACACAACAGAAAGAAGGGCGUGCCCGGACCUCGACGAUGAGUAGCUAUGCAUACGACCCAACGAACGUGUGGCAACAGGCUAUCGAUCAGAACGGCUUUCUAUACUGGAUAAAUACGCACACCGGACAGGCUACGUACCAACUUCCGGGUUCCUACCCCAACCCGAUGAUGAGCUAUCCGACGCAUCUCGCACCUAUGGGACCUGCGCCUCCACAGAUGGGGUUGCCGGCGCCACACGCACCGAUGGGAGGGCCGCUACACGCACCCAUGGGAGGGCCGACCUAUGGAAAGGUAGACACGCUUUUCACUGCCGCCCAAGCAGUGGCAGCACUGUAUGUUGCUGACAAAGCGACUCGUGCACUUCAACCCAUCAGGGACACAGCUCGCGGCAAAGCGGUUCGAAAGGUGAUCACUUCAUUUGGUAAACCCUAACCCCCUCCUUUCUUGAACCUCGAUGCACCGCCUAGUAGGUGCAUCCCCCCUGGGAGCCUGCACACGGUUGAUCGCGUGGUUGUCGGUAGAGAUCAUCGAAAGGGGGUGAACAAAACACCGAGCUUAGCGAUGAUUCCUCGUGAACGCUUGUUGUGCAUACAGCGGGAGGCCAUAAGGACCUUUCCCACCAUGUUCAAAGUCGUUUCCUGUUUUAUUUUUUUCUGUCCUUGGCGAAAAAGUAAGUGUAUUGCCCGUCAACACUUAUUUGACAUCAUCAUGUAAAUAUUCGAGGCAUCUUCCGGGGGGGGCGGACACUGAUUUAACAUCAUGUAAAUAUUCGAGGCAACUUCCAGGGGGCGGGUUGGGCACCUCUAUGUACCAAUGUACAGCACGGUACUCAGAUUUUUAGGACUUUCUAUGUUUUUUUUGGCCUCGUGACUGUGCCCGCGAAGCAAUCGCCAGGCAUGGGAUCGGAAUACUAUUGUCCACGCUUUACACACCAAAAGUAGAUUUAUUUUCGGUCCGGGCUUGAAUGUUUUUAGUUUUCCAAGAGAGCGCUAGAGGUUUCGCUCGUCAUUGUGUGACGCUUACGGGUAGGUACAUUCGUGCGCCCCCCACGUUUUUAAGCAUUCGCACCAUGUCGUGAUGCAGGCAUGCCUUUCACUCUCGAUAUUUGUCACUUGUAAAUAAAUGCGAACCAUGUUCUAUGAAUUCGGUGAAUUGAUCCAUCUGGCUGUUUAGUUGUAGGAUAUUCCCCCGCGUUUUAGAGUAGUAGUUGUCAACGGAUGAACAUGCAAAGAAUGAGUGUAGAAACAAUAGGUUGAUGGGGGCGGUUAAGUGACAAGCAAGAGAGACUUCGCAUAGUGCACUCAAGGCGAAGUUUACGUUAUUCAAGUCGGUCACGCGAUUGUAAGAACCUCGAGGCUAAGCUAAUAUUCUUUCUGCGGCUGCCGUUUCGUCAGGAAAUGGCGAGAAAACAAGUAGUAGCGGGUUGGCGUUUUCGGUAUGAUUCGUCCCGUUUUACUCUCUGCAUUUUUUAGAGGAGGGAGGGUGUUCGACUGUUAUUUUUCUCGACGUGUCGACGUUGUCGUGGUACGUUUCUGAUGCAGUUUUAGUUAUUUUCUAAAUCAUAGACGCAUCUAUGUGCUAUCUGUACUGCUCGAACGUUUGACGCUGCUUUCCAUUGUUUUCUUGGAGAACGCAUAUCCUAUUCGGAUGCAGGACACCAUGAAGCGUAGCCGGGUUUAUUUUUUCCGAAGGGUCGGGUGGUGGAUAUGUUGAUAUGUAAAUACUGCAUAGGUGAAUGAUUUGCGUCAAAAGAACGCGGUGACGCGCGGGGGUGUACGAAAGUGAACCAAUAGGCAUCGCGCCGUUUCGACAAACAUAUCAAAGCAAGCCUGCUUUGUGU